AUGAGUCUACAGGAUAAUUGCGGUAUUCAGGAGGUAAGAACCUCACAUCGUGGAGACUGUUUCUUACUCCUCCCAUCUGGAGAACGCGUUUUGGUUAAGUAUAUGAAUGGACUGCAAAUAUUAGGAUUUAGUUUUGCUUUUUUCGGCAUUGCCAGUGCAUUCUUAGGACUAUUGGAUAGUGUCCUUAUCCCAUCGUUAUCUCCAAAUGAUUCCAAUAAUUAUCCUGUUGAAUUUAGCUUAGCUGGUGGUUAUGGACUUCCUAUUUAUACCGGCGUGCUGGUCUUAUCCACUGGAGCGAUGGCCUUACGCACAAUUAUUAGCUUGCGUUACACUUCUCUACGGAGAUUUUACAUAUCAUUAUGGUUGAUACUGUUGUUAAACGUUGUUUAUUGGUGUUGUUUAAUAGCUGCUAUAUCCUAUGGAAAUUUCGCACCAGAUCCGUCAUCAAAUAAGAUUUCCAACUCACAUACCGUAACAAGAGUUUUUACAGCUGAUGGUGUUGUAUUACGAUGUUCCGAGAAUCAUUUGCAUGAGGAUGAUUUUCAUGAAACACUGGUAUCUGGUGAUGAACGACUAACAAUUGGAAAAUUGUACAUUUUAGACAUGUCUUCUAUGAAAGCUCGUUAA